AUGUCCUUAAUAGGUGUAGAUGCAAAUUCGAUCAAAGCGACUCAGCCACUGGAGAUGUUGUUAGUCAGCAGUGGCAGCGCUGAUCCGCAUUCUACAAUUGUUAUAGACCCAAGGACAGGAGUUUCGUCUUGGAGUUACAAAGGGUCAGAACUGCAAGGAGCCUUAACUGGCCUAGUAGAACCAUUAGGAAUCGAUGGAGAUCAUCUAAUUAUUACCACAAAAGAUCGGCCAAUUGUUCACGUAAUCGCAGUCAACAAUAAAGAUCGAUUUCAUCAGAAAGCGGUGCUUCCCGGGCCGGUUUCAGCCGUAUGCAGCGAUAAAAAUGGGCGAAUGGUGUUCAUGGCGAUCAAAAAGCAAAUUUAUGCAUGGCUGAUGGCCACUGGCGAACUUUUGACUGUUAUUGAGGCGCAUUACCAAAAUAUCACACGCCUCGCGUUAUCUUCAGACGACUCAAUUCUAUUUUCCUCGUCGAAAGAUGGAGCGAUACACGCGUAUCUCGUCGUCGACUUAAUAUCAGCAGAUCGUGAGCGAACAGUUGCUCUCAUCCGUAAAUGGAACGCGCAUACUCUAGCAGUAACAGACCUCCAAGUGACUUAUGGAGCAAAUCCAAGGGUUUUAUCAUGUGGAGCGGAUCAUAUGGCUUGCAUGCACUCAAUGUCGCUCGAUUCCACCAUUUUGAAGAUCUCGUCCGAUCGUCCAUUAUCCAGCUGUUGCAUAGAUUCUGCAGAGACACGCGUUUUUAUUGGCACGGAUUUGGGAAAUAUUGCCCAAAUUAAUCUAUUCCAAUUGGGAAGCGAACGCGAUAUUCUUGUUCAGACGAAUGACGAAAAGAAUACCAAGUUUCAUAUUUUCAGCGGACAUUCUGAAGAAAUUUCAAUGCUCACGGUUAACACUGAUGGCAGUUUGUUAGCAUCCGGAGACAUAUCAGGAAAAUAUUACAUUUGGGAAAUCGGAAGUCAUCAAUGUCUCAAGGUGUCAACUAUGCGAUCCUCAAUAUUUUCGCUCAAAUUCAUUCCAUAUUGGAAUUCGAUCUCAUCGGCUGAACAUAUUGCGAAAGUGCGACCAGUAUGGGAAUUACAGCGAGAAUCGUCGAAGAACAAAAAUUUAGCGAUUGAAUUGGCGUCGGAAAUCAAUCUUGACAAGGACUACUGGGCUGGUGUUAUUGAUCAAACACUUGAGCAUCUCUUGUCAGAGGAAGCAAUUCAUGUUCCACCACAACCAAACCUAGGCAAUAAAAUUGUUGAAGGAGCUAAAGAAACUGAUAGCGCACCAAAAGUUAUUGAAGUGAUUGAUUUGAGAGAUGAUGACGGCGAAGGAGCUCCGAUUAUUGGAGGAAAGCAAUUGAAAAAGAAGAAAAACAAGAAGAAGAAGAAGCAUAUAGAAAAUCAUCCGGUUCCUGUUGAUGUUCCGGCUCCUGCUGUUGCUGAAUCAGAUACAGUUCGAGCACCGGCGGCCAGCUCUCAAGAAAUUGAAGCUCUCAAAAAAGAAAUUGUGCGACUGAAAGAAGUGAAUAGGCAAAUGUACGAGUUUGUAGCCAAAGAAGUGAUGGCAGUGGCUAAUGUGGAAAUGGCGGUUUUUUGUUUUGACGUCAUCUUGAGCCAUCUCAACAAUGAAAAGGAUCCGCCUGUUCCACCGCAAAUUCCUGACGUCAAAUUGCCACUCUUCGUAACUUGGAAGAAAGGACCGAAUCAUGAUUUGCGCGGCUGCAUUGGAACAUUCAGUGACAUGCGCCUAAGCAAAGGUCUUGCUGAAUAUGCAGCGAUUUCCGCGUUUCGCGAUACUCGCUUCAAUCCGAUUGUUAAGGAAGAAGUUCCGUUGUUGCAAUGUGGUGUAUCUCUUCUGGUGAAGUUCGAGGAAACGAGCCACUAUAAAGAUUGGCAAGUAGGAGUUCAUGGUGUCCGAAUGGAUUUUAACGAUAACGGACGAAAUAGAAGUGCAGUGUUUUUGCCAGAAGUUGCUGCUGAGCAAGGCUGGGAUCACAUUGCAACGAUUGACAAUUUGAUUCGGAAAUCCGGCUCGAGUGCGAGAAUCGACGAAGGUUUGCGCGAAUCGCUUCAUAUUGUGCGAUUCCAGAGCAGCAAGAUUGUUCUCGAUUAUAAGGAUUACGUUGAGUACAAGAAAUCGAAUGGAUUGCCACUGCCUCAUUAA